AUGCAUCCGACAAUACAGACAAUUGUUUGCCGAAAUACGAACAAAAGAGCCAAGGCUCAGUACGAAAAACUAGAAGCGAGUGAAAGCGCUAGCAGUGCAAGAAAUAUGUUUGACAUCAUCUUUAGAAAAUAUAUUUGGGAAGAUAUAUCAGAAGAGGAGCUUAACACAUUCUAUGAGUACAGCGAUAUCACACGCUCUCAUCCGCUAAAUUCACCAACAAAAUCGUCUGUAGAACAUCGAAUUAUUACCACCGGUCAACCCGUUUUCGCACGACCACGCCGUCUUUCACCCGAGAAACUAACCGCCGCAAAAGCUGAAUUUGAUUCGCUGAUGAAACUGGACAUUUGUCGACCUACGACUACGAGAGCGGUGUACAGAGAGCAGCGUGCACAGAUUAGAGCUGAAUUCGCCGACAAUCAACGGCCAAAUUGCCGUCAAGGCCGAGUUCCGGUCCGCCUUCGCGAUCAAAUGGAACAUGUUGGCUUUCACCACGAUCCUGACUGCGACUACAGCCUGCAUGGUGCCUUCGGAGCAAUGGAUAUUAUUUGUACGCAUUGCAAUGCUGCGAAAUUUCGAGGAGAAACAGCUGGCAUGUGCUGCUUCAGUGGCAAAGUGAAACUGCCUGCAUUGGAACCGCCACCAGAACCAUUACAUUCCUUGCUCACUGGAGAAUCGCCGACGUCUAAGCAUUUCUUGCAGAACAUACAAGCGUACAAUUCAUGCUUUCAAAUGACUUCUUUUGGUGCCACAAAGAUCAUUAGAGAUCCAUUUAUGCCGACGUUCAAGGUGAUUACUUUGCAUGGAAUUUCCAGUGAAACAUUUGACAUUUUUAUUCUGCAGAUUCAGGGACAAAUAUACCAUCGAGCAGGCUCGCUCAUACCAUUUGUCGAUGCCGACUAUCAAUUUUUGCAAAUAUAUUUUAUCGGUAAUGAAACUGACCAACUAAAUCAACAAUGUAAAAUUGCGACCGGUACAAGGCGAGAAAUCGUACUAAAUUUGCAAAGAUUUCUCAAUGAGCACAAUGAAUUGAUUCGAUUGUUCAAAAUCGCAUUGGACCGCAUGCCGUCUGAUAACCAUCGAAUCGUCAUCAGAGCAGACAAAAUGCCGAUGGGGCAGCAUGCCAGACGAUUCAACGCACCAACAAUCGAUGAGGUGGCAAUCGUCAUUGUUGGCGAACAGUUUGAAUCGCGAGAUAUUGUACUGCACCGUAGAAACGAACAACUUCAGCGUGUUUCCGAGCUACACCGUAGUUAUGAUGCAUUACAAUAUCCGAUAUUAUUGUGGAGAGGUGAUGACGGCUAUCACAUCAAUAUGCGAUUGAUCAAUCCAACUAUUGGUAAAAAAGUACAAUUUCUGAGAAGAAAUGCUACUUACGAUUCAAUAUUUUGUGUAUUGUUCAUUUAUAGGCCAAGAAACACCGAAAAAACUCAGUGCGAUGAACUUCUAUUCGUACAGAAUAAUGAUUCGUCCGCAAGAAGAUAACUACAUCCUGAAAUGUCGCAAGCCUUUCCAUCAGUAUUUGGUUGACAUGUAUGCGAAGAUCGAGACCGAACGUGUCA